AUGACUCAUGUUAAUUGCGCUAAAGGAUGUGGAAAGCACGAAGAGAUGAACAAUUGCGGAAGUCUCUGUGAGCCUAGCUGCUCAAAUCAAAAUCCUGAUUGUGGAUUUGGUCCUGGUGUUCCUCCGUCUUGCGGUCCGGGACCAAUGAGAAAAUGUCGGUGCCAAAGUGUUUUAUGUCUAGUGGGGGUGGGUGAGCUUGCAAGUGGUGCGAAAAUUUUCGGAGGUGCUAGUAUCGAUUCUCAGGCUGCUGGAGUCCAAGCUGGAUUAACAUUCCCCAAAAUUCCAGGAUUCAACAGUCCAAUAUUCGGCAUAAGUAUCCUCCCAACUGCAUCAUCAAACAAUACUUGGGACGUUUUCUCCAAUUUGUUCCCUCGAAUUUCAUCCAACGACAAUGACAGCGUUUCUUCAGACGGAAAUCGAAACGGCAACGUCACUAUUGGUCAAAAUCAACAAGGCACCACCACCCCUUCUUCAAACCAAAACGAAUCUACCACUACAUCUUCUUCAAACCAAAACCAAACUAGUACCACCCCUUCCUCAAAUCAAAACCAAACUACAACCACCUCUUCUCCAAACCAAAACCAAACUACUACCACCUCUUCAUCUAAUCAAGAAGAAACUACUACUACUACUACUACUACUACUACUACUACUACCACCCCUUCGUCUACUCAAAGCAGUACUACUACGCAAAGGAGCGUAUCAUCAUUCAUAAAACGAGCCUUGACAUCAAUGCUACCUAACAUAAACUCACUGGUACCAACCUUAAGAAACCUAACAGGCAACAUAACGCUUCCUUCAAUCCAAGGUCCACCUUCGCUAGAUUCUCUUCCGCAAAUUCCUGGACUGUCAGACGCGAUAGCAGAAGCCCGUGAACAUGUAAGAAUAGCUUUGAACGCAACCGGGGACUUUGUUGAUGGAAUAGAAACGGCUUUGCAGCAAGCUUUACAAAGCAAUAAUCCCACUGAAGCAGUCCGUACUUUGGUCAACACCAUUUUGAAUGCUUACUUGGUAGUCGCUUUAAAUUGCCCGAUGAUUGUCGUUGGAACUCGCGUGCUCAGAGAGGGAAUCAGGUUGGCUGGUGAGGUCGCCAGAUCCGCUCGCAAUGUUGUAUUUGGAGCGCCAUAA